AUGCCUCAGUUCUUUCACGAAAGAGGGGAUACUCCAGCCCCCCCCGUUUCGGGAUCGCACCCGUUAACUCCGGACUUGACUGGGCCGAAAGUUCGGUUUGAUACAUGGUCGCUGCGCUUAUGCCACGGGAAAAUAGAAUCCGUAUCGUCCUUUCCAGAUGACAAAUUGGCCGAUCCAACCCCACGAAGCUGGUCACCGGAGACGCGCAUUCAGGAGUCUUCCACUAGACUGAUUGACACUGCAUUACUUACGGAGCCAACUUUGGACGGUGAUCUAAAUUCUAAUAGAAAGGGUGCUAUGACCGGAAUGCAUGGAACUAUCGUUAUCACAAAGAAGCCAGGUCCUGAGCUGACCUACCUGCAUGAAUGGGCUGGGGGCUGCUCCACAAUUGCCAGUAAACUCGAGGUGCGCGUGCCCCGCGCAUAUAACCAAUGUAGUACAGCGUCAGACCGCAAGAAACUCGGCACCUCUGCAUUUGCGGCUUUCCUUUGUUUUAAUUCCAGAGGAUAA